GUAAAAACAAAAAAUCAAAUUGCUGCAUUUAUUCUCUAUCGUUAAAUCGGUCUGUCGCUCUCUAUUACACGAUGACGUCAUUGGCCAAGACUGCGCUUUGGUCGCUACUCGCAUUGCUAAUCGCAUUGCCGAGCACCAUUUCCUGGAUGAAGUACAACAGCUAUACGGCCAAUAAGAAGCGCACAGAUCUGCGACGACGCUGUCCAAAAGUCCGCGAAAUACGCAACUUUGACUUGGAAUCGAUGAUGGGUUUCUGGCAUGUGGUCCAAUAUUAUGCCUCCACCGAGGAGUUACCGGAAUACGCGUGCAUGCGCAGCAUCUUCGGAUGGAAUGCCGAAGAGAAACACAUAACCAUGAACUUCACCUACAUUUUUGCGGAAGAUCCAUUGCGGGAGAGCUUGCAGGGCAACAUUACAUGGAAUAUACCGAAUUUUGAGUCUCCCGGCCAUUGGAUGCACACCGAGGACAUUUAUGAGGGAAUUUACAACACCUAUGUGCUAGACACAGACUACAAGUCCUGGGGCCUAAUCAUGCAUUGUGCCGAAAAGAAGAAACAUCCACGGUAUCUUUCUGCUCUAUUGCUAUCACGAGAACCCACCCUGGGCGACAAUGUCAUUAAUUUCCUAAGAGAGAAACUUCCACGCUAUGAUAUUGAUUUAUCCUUCAUGUUUCCAAUCAACCAAACCUCUUGUGAGUCCCGAACGGAGUCUAGCAGUAACGAUCCGCUAGCAUAUAUUCUGGAAGAUCGUAAAUAUGCUAAAGAUAUGUUCAAAGUUAUCAAUCAGCCGUAAUAAACAAUAAUACGAAAUCAUUGAUAUUUUAAA